AUGUGUUGCUACUGUGUUUGUUGUACCGUUUCUGACUUUAUACUGUAUAUUGUUGCGUUUUUUUUCCCCCCAGCUGCAGUCCUUCUUCGAUCUGGGCCUUGUUCAUCUGAUUUCCUCCUGAAUGUAUUGCUAACGCUACUGGGAUUUUUGCCCGGUAUGUUACACGCAUUCUACUACAUCACAAUUACAAGUCCUUUAAGGAACGCUGAAUACGUCUAUUAUUACCAGCAAGGCUGGGUGGAUAGCGAAAGAAACGUUCCUUCGAAUCGUCCUCAAAACUCGCAGACCCCCCAAAACCGCCCACAACAAGGAAGCUCCGCUAGAAACGUAUACCCGAGCGUUGAAACUCCUCUGUUACAAGGCGCAGCUCCCCAUGACAACAAACAGUCUCUGGUUGAGUCUCCUCCUCCUUAUGUGCCAUGA